AUGAAACAUUUCUUAAAACAUUCAUGGGUCGCCCUUGGGGCAGGAGUUGUCACUGUAACGGCUUUAUAUGCGCUUUCAUUUGUUCCCUGGGUUCGAGUUAGCCUAACUGAACUUGGUUUGUACUGUUGUGACCCUCUAUUACACUGUCUUGAUGCUGCGAAGAGAAAGGUCGCAUCUUCUCUUAGAAAUAAAGGGUUGUUGUUCGUGGAUGAUUUGUCCAAUGCCCAGCUGAGUUGUAUUUUUGAAGUGGCUGACUUUUUCAGGAAAAAACUUAACCAGCGACUAAAUCUUGAACUCCUGGCCGGAAAGGUCAUGACAACCCUCUUCUGCGAACCCAGUACUAGGACAAGAUGUUCAUUCGAGACGGCAAUGCUAAAGUUAGGUGGUAAGGUGGUUUCAGUGACUGAUUCUGGAUCAUCAUUCACAAAGGGCGAAAGCAUCGAUGAUUCAGUUAGAGUUUUAUCGUCAUACAGUGACGUUUUGGUGCUCCGUCACCCUGAAACUAAUGUUAUUCAACGUGUUAAACACCAAUGUAUGGUUCCUUUGAUUAAUGCAGGAGAUGGUUCAGGAGAACACCCAACUCAAGCACUACUUGAUUUAUAUACCAUCAAUAGAUACUUCCCAGUAUUCUCAUCUGAAAAGGAGAUUACAGUGUGUUUGGUAGGAGACCUUAAAUAUGCUAGGACAACUCACUCUCUUGUAAGGCUUUUGAGUCGAUUUAAUGUUGUUUUGAGAUACGUCUCAACACCCUCACUUCAAAUGCCAACUCAAAUUCAACGUGAAGUUGAACAGAACUUUGCAAAAUACAAUAUUCCUGAUUUGGCUUUUCCAAGGCAAACUAGUUUCAAAAAGCUUAGUGAUGCACUUGAUAAUGUGGAUGUCAUUUAUGUUACAAGAAUUCAAAAGGAACGAAUGACACCUUCAGAACUCCCAUCACCAAAGGAGUCCUUUAAAGUUGACAAGAAUGUAAUGUCAGUGCUACCAAAACAUGCCAAGGUUUUACACCCAUUACCGAGAGUGGAAGAGGUUUCGUUAGACGUCGAUUCUGACGAAAGGUGCGUAUUCUUCGAACAAGCUGAAAACGGAUUAUAUGUUAGAAUGGCUCUGCUGUAUCUGAUUUUAAACAAGUGUUAA